AUGGGUGAAGGAAACUGCCGGCGUAAUCUAUUCAUCAAGUCAAUUUUCGUGACGAUCUUCAACAUUGUUGGAUUCUCGCUUAUUUUGGCGAACUAUCUGAAUGCGGACAAGGAGAAAAGAGACUGGAGCUGGAGAGAAACUGGAGCUGUUCUAGCAUUUUCCCAAACUGGUUUCUGGUUUCCUUUUGAGAACCUGCCAAGCGCGAAGCGAAGAUGGUGGGUAAUUCACAAGCCGCUCCAAGUCGCCAUUUAUGCCCUCUCAACCGUGCCAAUCGAUGAUCCUUGCGCUUGUGACCGAGUUGCGCCAAACUUGCUGACGGAGAAGGCGCUUUGGAAAUGGCAGAUGAUGAAGCCUUAUUUCAGAACAAACACUGCUUCAUCUUUCGUCAUUUCCUCCAGCCGCGCUGCCGCCCUCAACGACUAUCAGGGAUAUUUGAUCUUUUCCCGAAAAACCUGCAAGCAGACCGUUCUCAACAUGUUCCGAGGAGAUGAUCCCGAGUACGCCUUCAGCUUCGAAAUUAUGGACAUGAGAGAUCCCAAAACCGACCAUCCCAUGCCGAAUUACAGAGCUUUCAACGCGACUUACUACCAGGACUACCCUAAGGAUCAGAAAGAUCAUCGAUCCAUCACCAUGGGAUUCAACGUUCACAAGACCCAGCCAGACAUCACUGGAAACCUGAAAAAAGACGCGUACAUCCUCCAACUCAACUACCCCAACGGCCUGCCUGAUACCGUCACCUGGAACGACAUCUACGACUGCGUCAAUUUCGCCAUUCCAGUGACCAUUCCAAUGGGACCAAACCAGGUCGCCGAGUUCGACAUCGCUCCCACAUGCGACUACACUACUUGUGUUGGCCAGAGUAUCCCGGUUGGCUUCUGA